UGUCAAGGGGAGUUUCUGCUAGCAUAGCAUCGGAAUGUGUAAAGUGCCUUUCUCGAGUUGCUCUUAAAACUUUUUUCAGCGUUGACUGUCAGCUAGCAGUUCAGCACUGUUGUGGUCUACCGACAUGGGGUUACCCGGGUGGAAGGCUGUCGGAGGAUGUAUCCUUCCGCACGGACGUUAACAAGGAGAUGAAGCCUCUCUUAGGAACCUAUAACGGGAUGCCUCUCGGUUCGUCUCUCCGGAGCCCGUGGUGAGAUUUAUGUGCCGCACAAGCUAGCAGGCUAGUGCUUCUUUUACAAGCUACAUUACGGGGAGUUAUGGCGCGGUUGGUGUUGAAGCAACUGUCAGAUUUCGGGGACUAUACUGGCGGUAAGGAGCUGACUGAGAUCCUUAAAGUGACUAGUAACGAGCUCACAAACAGCCUGUCAAACGUUCGGCUGAGCCCAGACGGACGUCAUGUUCAUGCCAUCCUCCGCGAGCCUCAGGUCGGUCUCGUGACUUUGGACAAGUAUGAAAGACCCCACCUUGCCCAGAACCAGAAGAAGCUGGAUUUGCGGUCGACACGCACCGUGCCCACCAUCGUGGAUGUUUUGUAUUUGGACUAUCAGAACAGCAGCAGAGACGCGGCAGCCGUGGCGGUGGUUUAUGAGAAUGGAAAAGCCGAGUUUUGGAGAUUCCAGGAGUGCAAAGCUGGCUGGCAUCUCCUGCAAACGUCCAAUUUGUGCAACAGCCCCAGUGCGAGAGUGGUGUCCGUCUGUGCCUGCUCCAACCUCAUCAUCUGGUGUGAGGAGAGGCCGCCCUCAGAAAGCACCCCUGCCCUCAGCUCCCGGAGGAACAAGUUGAGGUACUGUGUUUGCAGACGUCACUUCGAGGUGGAGGAGGGGUCCGUCAGCCUGGGGGGAGUGAAAAUCGCCCUCCACAACAAUCCUAAAUUCACCGUGGUCAGCUCAGGUGAAUUUGUACACCUCCUUCCUGAUGUGGAGGUGAAGCCUCUGACAAGCACCUCCAAGUGUUUUCUCUCCUGGUCCCCUCAUCACGAUUCCUUCACAGUCAGCACCACGUGUAAAAGCGCCCCCCUAAAAAGGCUUUCAACCCAAGAGUCUGACCUAAAGAGGAUGGUGACGGACUGUUUGGGAUAUUUAUCGACUCUUGAACCACCUGAGAUCUACGACUUCAACCCCACGGCCUGUGGAGGCUUGCUGCUGCUGCUCAGCACAGGGUGGGUGUGUCUUCUGCAGGACGACGGGAUGCUGCGGCAGGUGUACAAACUGGCAGACGGCUGCUUGGCGACACGUGGCGCUCUCACCAGCCUCUGCAUGUACCAGGACAUUGUAGCGGUGCUGAUGGGGCGAGACCUGCACCUGAUAGAGGUGAACUGUGGCAGAGAGCUGGAAACAUUGACGCUGAAGAAAGAGGGGUUGUUGUAUGUGAAUCGGGCUGACAGGCGUGCACCUCACCUGCUCUCAGAAACCGGCCUUUUUGCGGUUGUGAACAGGGAGACGGACUCCAGAGAUUGCGACUCUGCGCUGAAGCCGCCCGGUCUCGGUGCAGUGGAGAGUAUCCAUCCAGGAGCCCUCCUGGUAGAGGCCGUCUUCGAGGAGGCCUGUAAAUACUACCAGCAGAGGAGCCUGAGCAGCACCCAGCUCACCGUGGACGCGCUGAAGAAAGGAGGUCGGUUCCAGGCUCCCAUCUCUUUAGCGUCCAUCCUCAGGAACUACCUCAACGCGGGGCCGAGGCAGAAAGGAGCAGAGCCGCCCCAGAACGGGGGAGGUGGAUGUACGGCAGGACAAGACAAGCUCACGGGCUCUCUGGAGUCCGAGCUCAGGGCUCUGGUCUCUCUGGAGGAGGUGAAGGGGAGUUUAGUGAGGGGGAAUAGCAAAGAGGUGGUGGCGGUGUGCGAGAGUCUGGUUGAGAAAGAAGUAGCCAGGCUACUCUCGGCCUCGGAGCUGGAUAAAGAGGCUCUGCUUUACCUCAACUCCAUCUUCAGCAGCUUCCCUGGUCAGUUGUGGAGAGCAGCGCAGGCCGCCCUCCAGCUACACUGCGACGGGGAUGGCUCUCUGUCCAGCAGGGCUCCCCCGGACGUGUGGAAAACUGUCCUCAGUCCCGCUGCGACACCCGGCACCCCGAGCGGCCUCCCUGUCGCAAAUGGCGAGCCAAAACACAACCACAGCCUCAAAGGUGAUCACGGUGCCAACUGUAAAGCCAAACCUACAAGCGCCACUCCCCCAGCUGCCCUGCCUGUGUUCGAGCUCCUCUGCCACUCGGCCUUCCACUUCCAGCCCAGCUGGUUGCCCCGGUUCCUUGAGCUCGCCCAGCAGCAGCAGGGCUCAGCCGGCCUGGGCCUCAGCCUGGCCUCUUCCUCCUCCUCCUCCUCCUCCUCCUCCUCCUCCUGGGGCUUCUCCGUCGGGAGAGGAGGGGAGGGCAGGGAGAACAACGCGCCGCUCUACAAACGAGCCCUGUGCGUCUUGUCCAGCCUGGCCCCGGACAGAGACAGACGGCAGGACUUCGAGGUGGAGCUGCUGCUGGUCAGCGGGCGGCCUAAUGCCAUCCUGCAGGCGUUGAGGAUCCUCAUGGCCAAGCAGCAGUGGGAGCGGGUCACCCAGGUGGCCCAGAAGUUCUGUAAGCAGAGUCCGCUGCUCAACAAGGAGAUCUUCAACACUCUGCUGUGCGAGGUGAUUCAGCACAGAGACCUGGACCCCUAUUUGGAGAUGCUGUGGGCGCUGUGCCCAGAGGAACUCACUGUGACCACCAUUCUCAACUUGGUGCUGAAAAACUUCCCCUCCCCUACCACCCCCUCCCCUAACACCCCCUCCCCCUCCUCCUCCUCCUCCUUCUCCAUGUCCACUGAAACCUCCACGUCCCCGGCUCCCUUUGCAGACUCCCACAGCAGCCAGUUGACCAUCGGGCUGUUGAAACCUCUGCUGAGAAAAGUCCUUCAGCGGGAGACCAAGCCGAGCCAGCGCUAUGCAGACAUCCUCCAGUCCCCAUCGUUCCCUCCUCCUGCGCCUCCUCGCCAGCCCGCGGAGCAGCCCAGGUCUGUCUCAGACACCAGCACCGGCUCGCCUCUCGGCGUCGGCAUGGCCCCGGCUCCUCUCGCAGAAACACCCGAACAGCAGUCGUCCACGCACACAACUGUCCCAAGAGCCAGGGUGGCACUGCCUGCUCACCCGGUCUGAUUCCCACAGACACGAACACUCGGCGUGAAAAAGAAAAACCUGUCUCGUAAAACAAUCUGCACAUAAUCCGACCAAACUUAGAAGCAGUGUGUGUUGACAAUCAAAUUAAAAUAUAUUAAAAUAACAAUAUGUUACAGGUAAUGCAGUUAAUUGUGACAUUUGAUGGUGUUUUUAAAAAGUGUGACUACUAAAAACUGUGAAAUGACUACUCAUUUUAAGUCUUAAUGUGUGUGUAUAUAUAUAUAUAUAUAUAUAUACUGUGUCUGCAAUGUUAUUUAUCUCUUAAGCCUGAACUGCACGUGGAUGAGAAUGCUAUAUUGCAUAGCCUUACAUUGAAUAAGCUUAGUCUUUAUCAAAACACCAUCAAUAAAUUAUAAUAUAUUGUGUUCUUCUGCUCAGUCUAAAACAAAGCCACUAACUCCCAUUUUUUUGGGGGGAUUUAUCGAAUGAGUGUGCACCGUGUUAUUUUUCGUUUAAAGUAACUUGUGUCUGCUAAUUGUAGCCGAGCAAAGCUGCCUUUCAGUUGUUCAUGCAGCAGGUAAUCCACUGAGACAGGCUGGCCUUUGUGUGUGAAUGUUUGUUUUAAGUGUGGAAUGGUUUAGGAGAGGAGGAGGAGGAGGAGGAGGGUAGGGGGGGUCCAAGGUUCCUCUAUUGACUUCUAGGUUUGUACUUAACAUAUCAUAAGUGCUCAAACAUUAACCUGGUUUCGAUGUAGCCUCUGUAAACCAAACACAAACCGCUCGGCCUUUUCCAGCCUCGUGCUUUCAUUUUGUCUCUCUCGACUACAUCUUGUCCUCUGUGCUCCCUCGCAGCCCGACUCACAGGACAUUCCAGACGUGAUACCCAGUCAAAGCGACUCACAGUUUGAUUUUAAAUUCAAUUUUGGAGGUAAUUGUGUUAGGAUUGGAGUGCGGGUUUGGUACGCUGUGACUAACGCGCCCUGCUGCUUGCAUAAGGUCACGCACGUCUUCCUUCAUGGACCCGGUGAGGGUAAUGCUAUUAGAGGCGUUGGGUCCUCUGUCUGGUCUUCUUGGUCCUGUUAGUUGUCUCCAUGCUCUGGAACGGAUUGCACUUUUACAUCACCCCAGUCAGUAUUGUUUGUACCAUGCAUCUGUUCAAAGGAAUGUUUUCCCAUUUAGUGCUCUAAACAAAAGUAUAUUUAAGUGCCUAUAGUAUUUGAUGCCUUGUUAAUGGUUGUGCAGUCUAUUAUAUCUUGUUUUAAUCAAAAGAAACAAACAAAAUGUUAUUUAUUGUGUCCCAAUCUUUUGAGGACUACUAAAACUCUUUGCCCUGCAUGGGUGAGACCCUCUUGGGACAUCUCUGAAAUGUUGAAUAACAAUCAGACUCUGAAAAAGCUGCAGAACAAUCAGUUCAGAGUGCCUUUCACAGCUGCGAUUCAUUUACAGCACAGUGUCACAUUCCUGCUGGGUCUCCUCAGCAUCUCUCAUGUUCUGGAGAAAGAACUGGAGUUAGAUCAGAGGAUCGCAACUCUUAGCCUCGACAGUCAAAAGCUUUUUUUCUUUUUUAUGACAUUUUAAUUUCAAUGUGAAACCUGCUGAUGUCUUGGCUGUACUAAUGGUGUCAUUCCGAGCUUUGUGCAGUUGAAUCUGCAGGACUGACUGCAGUUCAGUGCGGUGGGUUUUGCUGUGUACCAGCUCACCUGAGAGUCUCUGGGAACCGACUGCCCCAAACAGGCCUGACUGCUCACAUGUUGAAUGUUUCUUUGCCACAUAACUUAUUUCUGUUAAUAAGAAUUCUUCCAGGAACUAAAUGUCACGCCUACAUUCUUACGUUGUUUAGUUUUGGUGACGCUCUCCCUUAAGCGUUAUUUGAGAAGAAAAGAAAAUGUAUUGAAGUAUUUAUGACCUGAUGCUGUAUGCUAUUAAACUGUACAUAAAACGUAUGUUUUCUGUCCGGAGUUUUUCAUAUUAAGUUGCUUGUUCUGCAAUAAAUAUGAAGCUUGUA